UUUCAUUUUAAAAGGAAAGCAACGGUGAAGAGCACUUAGGCAGCUCCGCGCUACCCGCAAUGCACAAGUCACAAUCAGCACAAAAGCUGUGGUGGCUCUAUUUUCCACUUUGAAUAAUUCAAUUUGUAAUAAAAACAAACAAACAAAACAAAAAACAAAAACAAACCAAUGACUCCAAAGGGAUUUUUCUUCGUGAUGAUCGGAUUUGGGAGCGAUCCGUCCGGUUGUUUAAUGCUACCAGAUUUCCACUAAACCACCGGGACGCACCUGAGUCUCUUGACCGGGCAACGCGCGCCUCGCCCCCGGUCGAUGCCGACGGUCAUCAUGACCAUGAACGGUGACGGCCGCUCGCUCGCCGCGUCGCCGCUGGACCUGAGCACCAGCCAGCGGGGGGACACCUCGUCCACAGCGGCGCCGGAAUGCGGAGGUUGCCGGAGGGAUCCGGUCCGUUCACCUGCGCUUCCGUCUCACACUUCGGGCACGCUCCCCCCGGCCCCGGGCUCCUCUCGCAAGAGGCCGGCGGACAAAGCUUCGCUCCGGCUUCCUUUUCGUAAACGGCCGAUCACGGCGGAGCCGGAGGAGCGAGCCUCCGGAGAGGCGGAGGGUCUUUCCCGUGUGGGAGAGGCUGACGCGCCGCCCCGGGAGAGGGAACCAAGCCACCUGGAGGGGACAGCGGAGGCUCGGCUGCCCGUUGCUCCGGUAACCCCGAUGCAGGCUGAGGAGGCUCCGCGGAGCACUGACGCCUGUCCGGUCCACAUCGCACCCUCGUUCACUUAUGGUCGCUACCCAGUGUACCACUACCCAGAGUUGGACCAUCUUGGGUUCCACCCCACACACAACCUGCUGGCUUGCAUCGCGCUGGCUACUCGGCAAGAUGAAGACGGAGACACAGCUCUACAUAUAGCAGUGGUGCAAGGGGAGCUGGCCAUCGUACGCCAAAUCAUCCAUCAGCUGAGGUUCGCAGACAGAAGCCUCGACCUCUACAACAACCUCCGACAGACUCCCCUUCACCUGGCAGUGAUCACCCAGCAAGUAAACAUGGUGGAGGCCCUGCUGAGGGCUGGGUCGGACCCUUCCGCUUUGGACCGCAACGGCCAGACGACUCUGCACCUCUGCUGCGAGUACGACCAUCCAGAGUGUCUGUCCGUGGUUCUCUCAUUGCCCUCGUCUGCCGCCUGCCUGGAAAUGAAAAACUUUCAGGGUUUGAGUCCCCUCCAUCUGGCUGUGCUACGUGGUCACAGAGACUUGGCCACCAUGCUGCUGGGAGCGGGAGCUGACAUCAACACCAUGGACAUCAAGAGUGGUCAGAGUCCCCUCAUUCUUGCGGUGGAGAGCAACAAUGCAGAGAUGGUCCGCUUCCUCAUUGAGGGUGGCUCCGACGUGAACAUGCCGUCGUACAGCGGCAACACGGCCCUGCACAGCGCCUGCGCCCGGGGCCAGGCGGACGUGGUGCGAGCGCUGCUGAAGAGUGGUGCCGACGGUAGCCUCAAGAACUACCACAACGACACACCCCUCAUGCUGGCCAAGAACAAGAAGGUUCCCCAUCUCCAAUACACAGUCGUGGUUGUUCUCCCUCGACGAUACCACAUGGCUCCCACCACACCGCCCCCCACUCACCGAGGACUCCACCUUCACUCACUUUUCCAUUUUACUAGCGCAGAGUCCUCGUGCAUUGACACAGGCAACUACAGUAUGCAGGACCCCAAAUGCUGUGUUUUUCUUCUGCCACAGUAUGCAGUCAAACUGAAUGGAGUAGGCGGUUUUAAAAUGUCUUCUCCCUUGGUCCUACGAGAAAAAAAAACUGAAGGGAAAAUGACUAAGCUUUGAUUCAGGGAUCUUGCAAAUAAAAAAGGGUCGCUGCCUGAAUUUAUAGGAGUAAAAAAGCAACUACAAUGUACAGGGGGUGCAGUUUGGGACUGAGUUUAGUUCCUACAGCUGCGACGUAAUGCGUUAAUCUAUCGCUAACCUACGCGAACGCAGUAAUAAAAUCAGAAUUAUAGGAAAAAUGUGUUCUGAGCUUUUGUGACUAUUUUUCAAAUGUAACUAAAAUUAUAAUCGUGAAAAUUUCCAAAAGCAACUGUAAUUUAAUUCCACAUUUUCUCCCAUUAAUGUAACGGAUUGCAAUUACAUACAUUUUGAAAUUAAAUUACGUCAUUUAGUUACAUGUUCCGCAUACUCCCCAACUCUGCUCAAAUUAUGGGAUGUUGGCUGGAUGUUGUUGCACAUCUAGCGGCGAUGCACCUCUAGUUUGAUCAUACCCCAAAUUUGGGCUAACAACACAGCGCAAAAAAACACUCGUAACUCGGAAAACUCGUUGGUUGGCACACUCACAAUUCAAGGUACGACUAUUCUUAGGAUGUCGCACAACCGACUAGUUUUUUGCGGCGUCACGACCUUUAAAUGUCAUGACUACUGUACAGUAAAUAGUUGCAUUACAAACACUUUUAGGCCAUAAAUUAAACAAUCAAAGACAGCGAUAUCUAUUCUUAUCCUGCUGUGCAAACAAAAUGUUUUGAUCGUAACCACAAAACCGUGUAGAUCGGGACUGUCGAAGACCCCCUGUACUUAAAAAGUGAUGGAAAUUGCAUUAUUUGUGUAUACUUUUGUUUUUUUGUUUUACAUACACUCACUACUCACAAAUAGUUAGGGAUAUUGGGCUUCUGGGUGAAAUUUCAAGAUGAACCUAAAAUAACCCAGGUGAACCUAAUUUGAUGCUUCUCUAAACGUUUGAAUAUCAACUUUUUAAUGUUUCAGUAUUUUUAAUUUUUUUUGCCCAACUUGCUGUUCUCUAUUAAGGAGCUGAAUGACAAGAUUCACAACAGGAGUUUGAUACAUGAAAAUGUUCAAGGACAUCCACCUCUAUGGCUUUCUGUGACUCUUCCAGUCCCACUGUAUUUCUGUUACCCAGUAUCCCUAACUUUUGGUCAGUAGUGUAUGUUUUGUGUGUGUGUGUGUGUGUGUUGUUCUGUUUUUGUCAAAAAAGCAAUGAAGAUUUAAAACAAAAAAAAAAAAACUCAGAUUAACAAAUUUACUUGUGUGCUUUGUUUUUAUUUUUUUAGCCAAUAUACAGUACAGUACAGCAGUGGUUCUCAAACCGGGGUCUCCCCCUGGUAGGCCGCAACCAUUAAAGGUUGGAAAAGUCCCUAUAUACUGACUGUAUAGUGACCAAAUCAUGAUUUAUUUAUAAUGAAUUUGGCAACACUCAUUGUACUUUUGUAAACUAGCUCCUCUCUGUUUGCAGUCAUGUUGUUGGUGGAAAAAGUGCACAUCAACAAGUGAUGAUGGAUACAUUUAAUUCAAUUGAAUUUGAUUUUGUUAAGUUUAAUUCCCCCUCAAAGUCAUUGUAAUGUUUUGUUUCUAAAUACGCUAAAUGUGUUUGAAGAAUAGUGCUGAUAACGUGCUGAAUUGUUGAGCUAUAGCUUGAAAGUCUUUCACCUUUUCAACUGGAUGGAUUUUAUGUGCGGGGCUAAAAAUGAGCCCCGUGAUGAAAGCAGGCUGGGGCGUAUACUUUCUGGCAGAGGUGGGAGUAAGUCACAUAUAUGCAAGUCACAAGUCUCAAGUCAUAACCUUGAAGUCUCAAGCAAGUCCUAAGUCGCUGAGGGGGGGAAAAAUCAAGCGAGUCAAGUUGAGUCGCCACGAAAUUUCAAGCAAGGCGAGUAAAGUUAUUACUUGGUUUAAGCAUGUCGCAAGUCAAGUAAUACAAUCUUGCUGCACUUGCAACAUACAGUAUAUUGGUGCGGUGAUAAAAUGUUUUUUCGCAAUUUUCUUCCACCAAUAAAUGAUAACACUAAAAAAAAAAGCAUUCACACCUCAUAAAAGUUAAAUGAACAACAACUGAGAUUAUGAUUGAUUCACUUUAUUGCACUGAAUUGUUUUAAAGUAAAUUGGAGACUCUAAAUUGCCCGUAGGCAUGACUGUGAGUGCGAAUGGUUGUUUGUUUGUAUGUGCCCUGCGAUUGGCUGGCAACCAGUUCAGGGUGUACCCCGCCUCCUGCCCGAUGACAGCUGGGAUAGGCUCCAGCACGCCCGCGACCCUCGUGAGGAGAGGCGGCUCAGAAAAUGGAUGGAUGGAUGUUUUAAAGUAGUAUUUCAAACUCAGUCUAACUGAACUUUAUUACUGAACAAAUUUUGCUGUGAUGACAGCCUUGUAACUCCUGCAAUUCUUAAGAGAACACAAUUAAGCAAGGGUCAAGACUUUUUUCUGUUGGUCAAAUAUAAUUAGAUGUGUACUUAAUGCGCUAAAGGAGAAUGAAAAAGAUUCAUAUUUAAGGGAAUAAUACAAUGACAUAAAAAUGUUCCUAUUCUUAAAAAAAAAAGACAAAAAAAAGUAAUGUGAACAAAAUCUGCAUUACUCCUGCGUCCUCGAUAAUUAAAUCACUGUCAGGUUUGUUGAUUUAUUUAGAAGCACUAACUCUGGACAAUUGACAGUUGUCAUUGGAUUAAAGGUUACAGUAUGUUUCAUAUGCUGUGGUCUCAAUUUUAAAAACAUAGUGCAGACAGAUUUAUCACAGAACACAACAGAUGACAUUUUGAUGGUGACACUUCAAUAAACACCUUCUAAAACGUUCACA